AUGGCAGCUGUUGAUUCAGCCGAAAAAGAGGCAAGCGAAGUUCUCCACACUCUGUUGUCCGUGGAAAGAAUAGAAAAGCAAGAAGACCUCGGUGACAACCAUUCUUAUCAGUCGAAUCAGAGUGUUGGCAAUGAUGGACAGGAGGAAGCUCAGAUUCAGUGGCAUACACCUGUUUCCAUAUCGCAUUCAUUAUUUCCCACCAUUGCUGCAUCUGGACACUUCACCCAGAAUAUGGAUGAACAGCAGGUAGUUAUAUGGGAAGGUCACACAAUAGUAGACCCAGAAUCAAAUAUCAACGCUAUUUAUACUGGUCAUCCGAUGGAAGAAUCAGAGGCAGAGGAAUCCCCAAAAGGAGAAAGUGAAUCAAAGCCUAAAACGCCCCCGAAAAAUAAAAAGAAAAUCCCCGUGAAGAAGAAGAAAAAAUUAGGUGAUGGUGUCUCGAACGAUCCCACGCGUUUAGAAGAAAGCGCGUCCCAAGUGAAAGACAGAUUUAAACGAGGUUGUGAAUGUCAAGACGAGAGUUGCUUUAGAGGUUUAAACCCCGAAAGUGUUUAUAAACAUCGACUUAACAUAGCGGAACUUACAAAAGGAGAACAUGAUAUGUACUUAAUGGGUGUUACAAUGGCUUGUUUAGCAAAUCCUGAUACUACAGUACGACAUAAAGAAAGGAGGAGACUUAGAGCACAGUAUGUAUACCAAGGUAGAAGAGUUUGUCUGGACGCUUUUUUAUAUUUAGAAAACUGUACUCAUUAUCAGUUAAAGAGGAUUAGAAAACACGUGAUGACGCAUGGAGUCGCCCCUAGAGUCCAUGGAAAUCAUGGUAAAAAGCCCCACAAUACGUUUUCUUUAGAUAUAUACAGACAUGCUACAGAGUUCUUAAAACAGUACUUAGAACAACAUACUGGAGAACGGGAUAUUUUAAAUACAAAACAGCCCAUCCAAUUACCUUGGGAUGUUACUAGAAAAAAUCUUCACGACGCUUACAAAGAGUAUGGACAGAUCUUAGAGCCUGGCAUCAAACUUAUGGGCUAUUCCACUUUCCGACAUUUCAUGAAAGAGCAAUUUCCGCAUGUCAAAUUCUGCAAGGUCGAACCUAAAUCAUGCUCUUCUUCGCACCAUACCAAUAAUUCGCAUAACAGUAACCAGCAACAGAACCAACAGCAAUCGCAACAGCAACAAGUCCAAGCUAUACAACAACAGAAUCAACAGAUACAGACUGUAGUGGAGAGGCCACGCGAGCAACAAAUACAAGUGCAAAAGUGCGUUAUUAGCAACGAAGUACAACAGGUGAUACCUUUGGUAGUAGCACCAUCGCCUACUGAUAACGGUACGGCUCAGCAUCACCAACAGACUUUCCUAGUUACGCCAGUACCUCAGCUAGUACCUAAUGGUAACAUUGUAAAUCCACAAAAUGCUAAUAAUCACACCACAACAAACACUUUUUCAUAUCAGUUGGCCAAUACUGGUUAUGUAAUAAACGAACAAGGCAACAUUGUCACUACUAUGGCUAGUGCUCAACAUCACACUCCUUAUACUUUUGGAAGAAUGUAG